AUGGCGAGCGCAAAGGAGGAUCAGGGAACGAUCGAUUUGGAUAAGAGCAUCGCAGAGAACGAGCGUCUGGCGGGCUUGGGUAUUCAUCAUUUUGCAAGCCGAUCUGCAGCGGACGUGACGUUUGGACAUCCCAACCGACGACAGACUCAUGCGCGAACCACGAGCAUUGGCUCCCAGGCAUCGAACGGUUCGAGCACGUUCCGAACAGGAGGCCAGCCCUUCAUACAUCCCGCGACAAAAGUACCGCGACCAUAUACGCCUCCGGGAGCCAGCUAUGCGAGCUCGGUCAAUGACGACGAGGCCGACGAAAGCAAUGAUGUCGUGGAAGAUGAAUUCCGCCCCGGACCGGGUUUUCGAUCGAAGAGGAGCAUGUCGAUCACGUCCUCGACGAAUCCCACUCCUUUGUCGCAAUCACAUACUGCUAGCGAUCUCGGCCUCAUACCGAAGCUGACCAACGUCUCGCAAUCGAACCUGUCCAUCAUGUCUCGCGCGUCGAGCACGUCGAACCAGAAAAGCCGGCCACGAAGGGGGACGGACCACUCGGACCUUGCCACAUCUCCCCAGACCAUGGGUCGACCGAGCAUUGACAAAGCACUCAGCCUGGUCUCCGGUCGACGAUCCGACCCCGACACGCAAUCACGAGAUGAAGCCAUUCGAAAUGCGCGACGCAAGUUUGAAGAGAAGGAAGCCAAGAAAGAUAACCGUGAGCAGAAGCGACGGGAGUCGGAGGAGGCCAAGAAGGAAGCAGCGAGACAACGGAAGCAGUCGAAUGUCUCGGAGCGAGCUGGCAUCAAAACUGCCGCACUUGGGCAUACAUCUUCUGAGGAUAAGAUCCCCGGACAGAAGCGAAAGGGUUCCACUGCCACCGUCCUCAGCGGCGCUCCACAGGCCUCCCAGGAGGACACUGAAGUGCCUGGGACUCUCUACGCGCGAUCAUACGAAGACUAUCGUCCUGCCCAUGCUGCCACCCUGCCGAGACACGGCGACUUGCCAGGUGAAAGCGAAAAGACGGGUCGGAUUCAGUAUACCAUGACCGCACAAGAGCAGCCUAACGGGAGCUGGAUGCGGUUUAGCACCUGGGUGCAAACGCGCCUGUUGAGCUGUGGUCGAGGGCGAAGAAGCUAG